GCGUGACAUCGCGUAGAGGAGCAGUGGCUGGCGAAGUGGUGCUAAAGUUGUUGCCCCUCACAGAUAUGGCGCUGUCCUUGCUGCUCUCCGGGACAGUUUUGUUCCUUCUCAGCGCUGAGGUGCUCGCCGCUCGGCUGGAACCCUAUGACUCUCUGUAUGAUAGCGGCGUGCAGGCUUACUAUCGGGGGGACUGGCACCCCGUUAUCCUCUUUAUGGAGAAGGCGCUGAGGAACCGUGAGCUCCUGCGGCGCCACCACAUCAGCUGUCGCCUGCACUGUGCCAACCGCACCGGGGGGUUCAGCGAUCUGCCCCUUCACUGGGGACCCGUGCAAGACCUGACAUUGUUCCAGAGGCUGCUGGACCGAGCUGACUGCCUGAAGCGGUGCGAAGAGGAGAACAUCGGGGCGCCUUCUGACUUCUACAUAGCCAGCCAGGAGCUGGAGCUGGAGUUCAGCAAGCGCAGCCCGUACAACUACCUCCAGGUGGCUUAUUUUAAGAUCCAUAAAAUUGACAAAGCCGUGGCUGCUGCAUACACCUUUUACAUGGCAAACCCAGAACACAUGGAAAUGAGACAGAACUUGGAGUAUUACAAAAUGAUGGAAGGUGUCAAGGAAUCUGACUUCAGGGAUCUGGAAGCAAAACCCCACAUGCACGAGUUCCGCUUGGGAGUGAGUUAUUAUACAGAUGAGGAACCGGCGCCUUCUAUUGCACAUUUUGAGAAGGCGCUGGAGGAAUAUUUUGUAGCUGAUCUUGAAUGUCGGAGCAUGUGUGAAGGGCCCUAUGAUUAUGAUGGCUACAACUACAUGGAUUACAAUUCUGAUUUAUAUCAGAGCAUAACAGAUCAUUAUGUGCAAAUUAUGAACUGCAGGCAGAGCUGUGUAACAGAGCUAGCAUCACAGCCAGGACGUAAAAAGCCUUUUGAAGAUUUCCUCCCCUCACAUUUAAACUACUUGCAGUUUGCAUACUACAACACUAAUAAUUACACAAAAGCAAUUGAAUGUGCAAAAACCUACUUGCUAUUCUUCCCUAAUGAUGAGGUUAUGAAUCAGAAUUUGGCUUACUAUGCUGCUGUUCUUGGCGAGGAAGAAGCAAAGUUGAUAAAUGCAAGAGAGAAUAUUAAUAGUUAUAUUCAGCGCAGUCUGCUCGAGAAAGAACUGCUUUACUUUGCCUAUGACACCUUUGGAAUUCCUUUUGUCGACCCAGAUAGCUGGACUCCAGAAAAUGUUGUGCCGAAAAGACUCAGAGAAAAACAAAAGAUGGAGAAGGAGACAGCAGCAAGAAUUACUGAAGAGAUUGGAAACCUGAUGAAAGAAAUUGAAACUCUUGUUGAAGAGAAGAAUAAAGAAACAUUAGAUUUAACAAGGACAAUACGAGAAGGCGGUCCUGUGUUGUUUGAUGAAGUCAACGUAGUGAUGAAUUCAAAGACUUUGAAUGGAUCUCAAAGAGUUGUUACUGAUGGUGUUAUCUCAGAAGAGCAGUGUCGAGAACUUUUAGGACUUACAAAUGCAGCCGCUUCAGCUGGUGAUGGGUACCGUGGCACAACCUCCCCUCAUACUCCAAAUGAAAAGUUUCAUGGUGUUACUGUGUACAAAGCACUUAAGCUGGGGCAAGAGGGCAAGGUCCCUUUAAGCAGCGCACUCUUAUACUAUAAUGUUACCGAUAAAGUAAGAAGAGUGGUAGAGUCAUACUUUCGACUGGACAGCCCACUCUACUUCUCAUACUCCCACCUCGUCUGCCGAACUGCUGUUGAAGAGAAACAGGAGGGAAGAAAGGAUUUAAGUCAUCCUGUGCAUGUUGACAAUUGCAUUCUAAAUGCAGAAGCAAAUAUGUGUAUAAAGGAACAUCCAGCUUAUACUUUCCGUGAUUACAGUGCCAUACUAUAUCUAAAUGGGGAUUUUGAAGGAGGAAAUUUUGUUUUUACAGAACUUGAUGCAAAGACAAUAACUGCUGAAGUGAGACCACAGUGCGGGCGAAUGGUGGGAUUCUCAUCUGGAGAAGAAAAUCCUCACGGAGUAAAUGCCGUCACUAAAGGCCAGCGGUGCGCUGUUGCCUUAUGGUUCACUCUAGAUCCCCGUCAUAACGAGAGGGAAAGAGUUCAAGCUGAUGACUUGAUAAAAAUGCUCCUUAGUCCGGAGGCAGAUCUGUCCCAGGAGGAGGCACAACAAACAGCAGAACCACUUUCUCUAGGGGAAGCCAAUCUGAGACAGUCUGGCUCAGAAUCACCAUCUGAGACCCCUGAUGCUAAAGAUGCAGAUAAACAAACAGAUACUACAGAUUCAGUUGCUGCAGAAAGCACAGACUCUUCUAUAGAACACGUGCGCGGACCACCUGUGGACUCCAAACCCAAGACAGAAUUAUAACAUUAAUGUGGGACUUUUGGUUGUGCCUCGGAGACUGCUCUGAACCAGGGAGAUAACAUUUCCAAAAAAAGUUUAAUGAAAAACCAAAGCAUAACGUUAAUGUUUUUCAUUUUGUUUUUAAUCAUUCCUGGAAGAAAAGCACAACGGCAGAGACGACUCAUGAGUCAUGAAUGUUGCAUGUACAAAUUUACAAAGAGUUUUCAAUUCCAAGAGGCAGUUCGUGCUAGAACCUAACAGUGUGCAUUCUGGCUUGCAUCUUUUUCUUUUUUUACAGGAGGAAGUUUUUCUGUUUUUAAACCAGGCCCUGCAGUCCCAUGCAAUAAGUGGAUACCAAGGGGAAAUAUCUAGUUUGCUUGUUGUUUCCACUUGUUUACAAGAAUGGGUGACAGUUAUGAUGGAAUACCUAAUUUUUUGCCUUGAUCCUUUCAUGGAAAAUAGAUACUGAACUUUUAAUAUCGAACAUUAGAAAAAAUGACCGAUUGGGCUCAAAAUAUUUUUAAAUGAAUUUUGAAGGCAGAAUUUCUUUGUGUCCUGAUGUUUUUGUUGCAGAGAUAUUCAGUCAACUGUAUUUUCAGUGAACAGUGUAAUAAUCUAGGACCUACACUGGUUGUGUAUUUAUUUGGAGCCGGUCUUGCAGAAUAGCCUGUGUUUGCAAAACAACCAAGUGUGAGUUUUUCAUGUUACACUGUUCCACAUGGUUUGUAUGUUUAUGUGGUUGCGGAAUGAUUGAGAGAAAUCGGUCAAUGUGCAAUUUUAUGACUUGAAACUGUGGCUCAUAUAAAUAAAAACUGGCAAUGUUUGGGAUAUAGAGGAUGUCUUCUAUGCAGGCUAAUUGUUUCUUCCAGGAUGUGACACCCUUGCAGGAGGGGGGGUUCUGCGACAGAUGAGAUUCAAUGAUGAUAAAUAUAAGUUCUUAUGUUUCAGAUUUAAAAUAUGCAAGCCACCUACAUUUUUAAUGGGACUAUGUUUGGACAGUAACUGUUUAUAAACUGCUGUAGCAAGCAAUCGCAAUGAGCAGCUUGAAGCUGGUAAGAAUAUGUAGAAUAUAUGGAGAGUAUUCAGUGCUGUUUUAGUCUCCAAGAUAUUUAUGGAAUAGAAAAUGGCCAAAGAAGAGUAACUAAGCUAAUAAAUGGCAUGGGAAGUCUCAGUUAUGAGGGAAUGCAGAACAAGUUAGCAUUGUUUACAUCAUAGGGUGAAAGAGCUCCUACAGUCUCCAACAUAUUUUACCUAAUCUGUGAGCUUCCUUAGAAAAUUCUGCUUAUACUCUAAAUACUGUAAUUCUAAUAAUUCAUUAAAACCCUUAAGAAAUUUGGUCUUUGAAGGUGGCCAUACACAUGGCAAUUCUGAUCUUUCCAGCGACCAACGGUCGCAAGAAAGAUCGUUCGUUUCCCCCACUGACGUUCAUGACUGAUUCGUCUGAUGUGGAGGUAGAAACAAUAUGAAUUCUAUCUCCACCUGCCAAUUCAGUCCUGAACAUAGAUUUUGUUCGGGCGGCAUCAAAAUCUUUUAACCUGCCCGAUUGACGAGACGACCAAUAUCCGCAGCCUUUGCGAUGUCGUCUCAUGGAUCCACCAUACACGCACCAAAUUUUGUACGAAACAAGGUUUCAAUCCAAUCCAAUAUUGUUUACAUAAAAUACAAUUAUCCCCAGCUCUGUCUAGCUUUAACCACCUUUUUUUUGGUGAAAUGGAAAUUUCAGCAUCAAGUUUCUGAAGAAGCUGCUUAGAACUGAAUUGUAUCCGUUUGGUUUUCCCACGUUCUGUGUUUGGGAAGUUGAUCUUUGCAGUUUGGCAGGUGUGGCUCUGCUGGAGUGCAGUAUAGAUUGCACCUCUAUAUCAGAUCUCAGACAGGGAUCUUAUUACCCAACUUUGCCUUUCCUUCCACCUUUUAACUUAGUUAUCUUCCUAGCCUUUGAACAAAUCUUGCUGUCUUCUUCCUGCAAAAAAAAGAAAAUAAAAAUUCGCUUUGUGAGAAGUAAA